AAAGCAGCAGCAGUAGCGCUUCUAGUCACUACCGUCUAUUAUUCCCUGCUACUGCUUCUACUUAUUUGAAUCAAAAAUAGCUAAUUUCGCAUCCCCAUUCGUACAACCUUCUUUCUUUCUAGUGGAGCAAUAUCUACAGAAACAUGCCAAAAUUCACUACUGUCAAAUACUCCUAUCUUCUUCCUCACCUUUUCCUUCUACUUUCGACAGUUCAUGUCGAAGCAUUUUCUGACCAUGAAGCACUGAUGGAUCUCAGAGCCUCCAUGCUUGGACCCGGCGGCUCCGGACUUGAUGACUGGUCAUCGUCUUCGUCUUCGUCCGCCAACCAUUGCUUAUUCUCUGGAGUCACGUGCGAUCAAAGUACUUCACGGGUGACCUCCCUUAACAUCACCAACCUUCCUCUCUUGGGCAGCCUUCCGCCGGAGAUAGGGCUGUUGGAUAAGCUCGUCAACCUCACUCUCGUCUCCACUAAGCUCACCGGUCCCCUCCCCCCUGAACUCUCUAAAUUAACCUCCUUGAGGUUUGUUAACAUCUCUGCCAACAACUUCAAUGGGGAAUUACCCGGACAACUGGUCAUGAAAAUGACUCAGCUGGAAGCUUUCGAUUGCUAUAACAACGACUUCACCGGCUUUCUGCCCACUGCGUUCGUGAACCUGCCGAAACUCAGGACGCUGAAACUCGGAGGGAACUACUUCUACGGGGAAAUCCCAGAAGCUUACUCCCAAUUUCAGAAUUUAGAGAUUUUAGCAUUACAGGGCAAUGGACUCAGCGGCAGAAUACCCUCCAGCUUGGCUCGCCUUCCCAAGCUCCAAAACCUCCUCCUCGGCUAUUUCAACAGCUACGAAGGUGGCAUUCCUCCAGAGUUUGGCUCAUUGAGCUCCCUCCGCCUUCUCGACCUUGCCGACUGUAAUUUAACCGGCGAAAUCCCGCCUUCCCUGGGGAAGUUAAAGCUGUUGCACACUUUGUUUUUGCAACAGAAUAAACUCACCGGGCACUUGCCGCCAGAGCUUUCCGGUUGCACCAGCCUGAUGUCGUUGGACUUGUCAUUUAACAACCUCACGGGAGAGAUACCCACGGAAUUCUCUUUGCUAAAGAAUUUGACUUUGUUGGAUGUAUUUCAUAACCAAUUUCACGGCCCAAUUCCUUCGUUCAUUGGCGACCUGCCUAAUCUCGAAGUGUUACAACUUUGGCAGAAUAAUUUCACCCUGGAAUUGCCCAAAAAUCUCGGGAGCAACGGGAGGCUGUUGAUUCUGGAUGUCACGUCGAAUCAUCUCACUGGGACAAUCCCCAGGGACCUGUGCAAGGGAGGCAAGCUGUGGAGGUUGGUUUUAAUGGAGAACUUCUUUUUGGGGCCGAUUCCUGAAGAACUUGGGGAGUGCAAGUCCUUGAUCACGUUCCGAGCAAAGAAGAAUUAUCUCAACGGAACGAUUCCCGCGGGGAUUUUCAACUUGCCUUUGUUGGACAUGAUUGAGCUCAGCGACAACCACCUCACGGGAGAACUUCCCAUGCAAAUUUCGGGCGCUGCACUGGCAAGUCUUACGCUUUCUAAUAAUUUGAUCACUGGAAAAAUCCCUCCCGCUCUGGGGAAUUUGGCGGAGCUGCAGACGUUGAGCCUUGAUAUGAACGACUUAUCAGGUGAAAUUCCGGAGGAAAUUUCUAAACUCAAGAAACUCUCUCUUUUGAAUUUGCGUGGAAACGGACUAUCAGGUGAGCUCCCGGCUUCCCUAGCUGACUACCCCAAAUUAACUUGCCUUGAUUUGAGCCAAAACCAAUUGCAUGGCGGAAUUCCGAGAGAUGUUUCCAUGCUGAAGGACUUAAAUGCGCUCAAUUUGUCGAGAAAUCAGUUAACUGGUGAAAUCCCUGGCGAACUUGGGUUAAUGAAAAGCCUGACGUUGCUAGACCUUUCCUUUAACAAUUUCACCGGCACAAGACCUAUGGACGGGCUGCUGAAGUUCAUGGGCGACCGCCCGUUCGAAGGAAAUCCUAAUCUCUGCCCUCCCCUUGUUAAAUUCUGUCCUUCCGCUUCAAGCUCUGCACACGGCUCCAACCGUACUCGUACGUCGACGCGUGUAAUAGCAGCCAUUGUUGCUGUGACCUUGGGGCUGUUGGUUGCCGUGACUUGGAUGAUGAUUAGGAGGAGAAAGUACGAGAAAUCAAUGGCUUGGAAGGUGACUGCAUUCCAGAGGCUGGACUUCAAAGCAGAUGACGUUUUGGAAUGCCUAAAAGAAGAGAACAUCAUCGGCAAAGGCGGUGCAGGGAUCGUAUACAGAGGCUCCAUGCCUAACGGCGUGGAUGUGGCGAUUAAACGGCUAGUCGAGCACGGUACCAGUCGCAGUGACCAUGGCUUCACAGCUGAAAUUCAGACUUUGGGCAAAAUCAGGCACAGGCACAUUGUGAGGCUAUUAGGAUAUGUGCGCAACAAGGACGUUAACUUGCUGCUGUACGAGUACAUGUCUAAUGGGAGUCUUGGAGAAGUGUUGCAUGGGACAAAGGGGGCUCAUCUGCAAUGGGAAUCAAGGUACAGGAUUGCGGUUGAGGCUGCUAAAGGAUUGUGUUACUUGCAUCAUGAUUGUUCGCCUUCCAUAAUUCACAGAGAUGUCAAGUCCAAUAAUAUUCUGCUGGAUUCUGAUUACGAGGCUCAUGUGGCUGAUUUUGGGCUUGCCAAAUUCUUCCACAACAGCGGUGCCUCUGAAUGCAUGUCCUCAAUUGCUGGUUCCUACGGCUAUAUUGCUCCAGAGUAUGCAUAUACACUGAAAAUCGACCAGAAAAGCGAUGUGUAUAGCUUUGGUGUGGUGCUGCUGGAGCUGAUCACGGGUCGAAGACCUGUAGGGGAGUUCGGGGAGGGAGUGGACAUUGUUAGGUGGGUGAGGAAGACGAUGUCAGAACUAUCCCAGCCGUCUGAUGCUGCUGCAGUGCUUGCUAUUGUGGACUUCAGGCUUACAGGGUAUCCAUUAACGAGCGUGAUGAACUUGUUCAAGAUUGCAAUGAUGUGUGUUGAGGAUGAGAGCUGUGCCAGGCCAACUAUGAGGGAAAUUGUUCACAUGCUUGCCAACAGACCUCCUCAGUCUGCUGCCCCUCCUCCUACCUUGCUUUGACGACGACGGCGACGACGACGACUUCUUCAUAUGUUUGCAUCGUGUACUUAGUUGGUCUUAAAAUGCAGCUGCACGCAGCAGGGCUUCUGGAUUUAUUACUGUUCUUCGGAAAUAAAAACUUGACUUGAAGGAAUUCAAAUGUUGUACUAUCAAAUGUUAAAUAAUUUGUUACCUUCUGGUUUUCUGGGUGGCUGUCAAACAUUUGAGGAGUUCAGUUCCUCCGUUGCUUGCUCUCCAAUUUUAGGUCUUCUUCUGAUUGUACAUGGGAUUGGCCGUUGCCUA